AUGGCCGGUAAACGGAUCACUGAAAAGCGAUCGGCGAUGAAAAACUUGGCCGAGCGAGGCGGGACGUUGAGAAGACGUGAAAAUGCAUUGAGCGUUUCGACCUACGCUUUGGACAACGAUAGCAGCGACCAGUCGACUAGUGGCGUCAGCGGCAUAGUAGCACUGAGAAGUAUUCGUCGGACGCGCAAAGGCCGUCGAUCGAAGAGUCGCAGGAGGCGUAGUCGGUCACGGUCCGGUCGUCGGCGCGUAAAGAGACGUAGCGGCACCGAUGUAGACGAAGAUGACAUGACUACGGACGCGGAGGAUGGCGACGAUGAUUCGUCAACGGUUGAUGCGACAUCCAGGAGGAGGACGAGCAGACGGAGGAGGCGAAAGGUCAGCUGGCGUCGUCGUCGUCGUCAUCAGAUCAAUAGUGGCGACGAUGAUGACACAGAGACCACCGACACUUCAUCGUAUAGUGGCGGCGGUAGCAGUGUUCUCGCGAUGGCGGCCAGCAAAUGUGGAAAUCCUUGUGGCAGCACCCACCGCCGGAAGAGGAGAAGGAGAUCCAUGUGCCGGCGGUCGACAGGUUACAAGAGAAGGAGAAGGAGUAAAAGGAGAAGCAGCGGCUGCCGUGUCUUCACGCUUAGCGAUUCUACCGUCGGUGAAAUAUCGGAUGAUUUGGCAGAAGUUAGAGGAACAAGCCACAUGCGCAUGAUGCGGAGCACCGGAUCAGAUAACGUUACCAGCGCCCUACGGGGUGCCCGGAAAUCGCGUUCGGCCUCCCGUUCAAGCUCUCCCUCAACAAAAUGA